CGCUGAGGUGGGUGGUCUUCUUCAUCCCACUCUUGCACUCUUUCUUUUUUCUGUACCCUCUAAAACCCUGAAAACAAAAGCAAGGGUUUAGGGUUUCUCCGUGUGCGCGUUAAGCUCUAUUCGCCGCCGGUGACUCUGACGGUGACAAAUCUAUCACCACACAUUACCGAACUUGGAUUUGUUGUUAAUCUGAAAACAACAUGAGGAUAGAGAAGUGUUGGUUCUGUUCCUCCACUAUAUAUCCAGGGCAUGGUAUUCAGUUUGUCCGCAAUGAUGCAAAGAUUUUUCGCUUCUGUAGAUCCAAAUGCCACAAGAAUUUCAAGAUGAAGAGGAAUCCUCGCAAGGUGAAAUGGACCAAGGCCUAUAGGCGGUUGCAUGGAAAGGACAUGACACAAGAUUCUACCUUUGAGUUUGAGAGGAAGCGUAAUAGGCCAGAGAGAUAUGACAGGAAUCUCACAGAAAACACUCUGAAGGCCAUUAAGACAAUCGAUAAAGUAAGAUCAAGGAGGGAGGCCAAACACAUUGAGACGAGAAAGAAGGGAAAGAAGGCCCAGCUGAUGAGAGAGGCAGUAAAGGAGCUGGAGCAAAGCAUCAACUUGGUCAAAGCCCCAGGUGCUUUCAAGGAGGACAAUUCUCUCACUCUUCCAAAGAUCAAGGUCAAGGUAUCACAAACACAGGCAGAGAAUCAACCCAUGGAAGAAUGAGUGCAAUCAUCUUCAUGUUUUCCUGCUCAGAUAUAAUCCUCCGAUAUGUUGUGCUCAUAUAUUGCUUGGAAGCAAAAGUUUUGUCCAGUAGACAACCUUCAUAUCAAAAAAAAUUUUGUUGUGCUUUUGUUUUUGUUUCUGAUCAUAGGAAGUAAUGAACUAUACACCUUUCUAAUAUGGUUGUUGGUAUUAAUUAAAACAUGUUUUGAACUGUA